AUGGCUAAGUUAGUUCAUAACGUACAGAAGAAGCAACAUAGGGAAAGAUCCCAAACUGCCGACAGAGCCAAAUUCGGAUUAUUGGAAAAGAAGAAAGAUUAUAAAUUAAGAGCUAAUGAUUAUCAUAAAAAACAAGCAGCAUUAAAGAUCCUUAGGAAUAAGGCAUCUCAAUAUAAUCCAGAUGAAUACUAUCAUGCUAUGACCAGAAAAAGAACUGACGAUAAAGGAAUACUUAUAGCUGAUAGAGGAAAUGAUUCAUUAACCACUGAUCAAGUGAAAUUAUUGAAAACCCAAGAUUCAAACUAUGUUCGUACUAUGAGAAUCAAUGAAUUGAAGAAAAUAGAGAAACAAAAAGGUAAUUUGGGAUUCAAAGCUACUGGGAAACAUACUGUGUUUGUGGAUAGUAAGAAAGAGCAAGAAGAAUUUGAUCCUGAAGAAUAUUUCGGAGUCGAUGAAGAUUUAUUACAAAGAAGAGAAAAUAGAUUAAGAUUAGAACAACUUGAAAGUAAUAAAAAGAUUGUAGUUAAUGAGUUGGAUGAAAUACAAAAGGAAAGAUUAUUGGAGAAGAAGGCCAAACAAUUCCUGAAUUUAAAGAAAAGAUUGGAAAGAGAAAGCCAAUUGAAGGGAGUUGAAGAAAGGAUGGAACAACAAAAAGAGUUAAUGAAGAAAGGUAAUAAGAAAAAGAUUGUUGAUGGUAAAGGUAAUGUUCAUUUUAAAUGGAAGAAUCAAAGAAAGCGUUAG